AUGCCCACGCGAUCCAGUACAAGAGAGUCAACCCCUGCUUCCAUUUCCCAUGCCUCUGUUCGCUCUUACCGCUCAGGAACUGGCUCCAGCUAUAACGCACAGUCCAGCAACCAAAAGGCUGACAGCUCUCAUUCACGUUCAAACACCCGUCGCUCCAAACAGUCAGGUGCUGCCUCUUCAAAAUCGACUGGUGGCAAGGACGGACAGAGCUUUGUCGCAGCCGUUGUCGAAGGUCGAGGCACCGGCGCAGAGGUCGGGAUGUGCUUCUGUGAUCUCAAAACCAGCGAGGUCAUCCUUUGUCAGAUCGCAGACUCGCAGACAUAUGUCAGGACGCUACAAAAACUGAACCUCUACGAACCAGCAGAGAUCCUGGUGCCAACAACGGCGGUGGACCCAGUCAACUCCAAGCUGGUCAACAUCAUCAAGGAGACGAUGCCAGCCAGCACCAUUACACCGAUUGCUCGUCGAUCCUUCAACGAUACCACAGGACUGGAGUACAUCAAAAGGUAUAUCGUCAAGGAAGGGUCGGCUUCAUUGCUACUCGGGAUCCCCACAAAGUACUUUUGUCUGGCCGCGACUGCUGCUGUCAUGCAACACAUCAAAGAGUCCCGUCAUGCCGUCUUUCUCAACCACUCAGUCCGGUUCAAGUACCAGAUCUGCACUGGGAGCAUGGUCAUUGACUGUGCAACUGCGCGCAAUCUAGAGUUGACAAUGAACCUUUCCAGUCAGAACGACAAGGAUACGCUUUUUGGGAUCUUGAACGAAACCUUGACUCCCAUGGGUGCUCGACUUCUCCGGUCCAACAUCUUACAGCCCCUGACUGAUGAACAGACGAUCCAGACUCGCUUGGACUCUGUUCAGGAACUGUCUCAAGUCGAGGAUCGAUUCUACGCCCUCAAGACCUCGCUCAAGACUCUAAUCGAUGUCGAUCAUCUGAUCACGUCUUUCAUCCAGGUCCCCACCAAGCCUAGCAUCAAACAUUCGGAACAGUGUAUCAACCAUGUCAUCAACCUCAAGCAUACGCUGCAUGCCAUCACCAGCGUCGCUGAAUCUCUCGGGCCUUGUCAGAACAGACUCUUGGUGACGAUCCUUCGGCUCUUGACGGACCCUCGGCUGGAAAAGUUCUCGGGUCUCAUCGAUGAAGUGAUCGAAAAGAAUGUAAUGCUGGAGAAGACAGCUGUUGGAAUCAGGCACCAGCGCUGUUUCGCUGUCAAGGCUGGCUGCAACGGUCUACUCGAUGUCGCACGACAGACCUACAAGGAGACCUGUAACGACAUUUUGGAUGUCACCAACUGUUAUGUGCAGGAAUACGGCAUCAACCUCAAGGUCCAGUUCAACGUUACGAUGGGUUACUACUAUACGACAACGGUCGACCAGCUCGGUGGCAACGAGGUGCCCUUGGUCUUCAUCAAUGUUGUCAAGAAGGGAAAAUCUCUGACGUUUACCACUCUGGAGCUAGUCAAGAAGAACGCAAAGAUUAACGACUCGCUGACGGAGGUAUACCUGAUGUCUGAUAAGAUCGUCAGCGACCUUUCAAGCAACAUUCGUGUCGAGAUCGGCGCUUUGUACAAGGCAUCCGAAGCUAUCGCGAUGCUCGACAUGUUGCUAUCAUUUGCCCACCAAUGUACCAUCGGCGACUUUGUCCGGCCAGAGUUCACCGACACCCUGGUCAUCAAGCAAGGACGGCACCCUAUUCUUGAAAAGAUCUCUUCGACGGCGUUCAUCUCCAACGACACAUAUGCGGGAUCAGCUAACACCUUUCAAAUCAUUACUGGUCCUAACAUGAGUGGCAAAUCGACCUAUCUUCGUCAAGUUGCCCUGUUGACCAUCAUGGCUCAAAUCGCCAGCUUGUAA